GGAGCUUGGUCGGUGUGGAAUUCCGGCGCGACCGGCCUUGCUUCUCUCACUUACUUGUUCUUCUUCUUCUUCUUCUUCAACAAGUUUAUUCUCGACACACUAGUAGAAUAUUUCGAUCCUCAGAAUGGGCGGCCACUUAAUUGGUUCAGUUCUCUAGCUACCAAAUUUACAAGGCAAAUUCAACCACGCAAAACAAAAAUACUUUUAUAUAUUCUUCAUCGUCGCUGUGAUAGUGAAGCACAAAAAACUGGUCAGCAACAGAACCAGAGAGGAUUUUUGCUUCAUCUGAGAAAUGGGAACUUGGGAGAUCGAGGAGAAGCAUCAAAGAGACCAGAAAUCGAGUAAUCUUGAGCUGAAAUGAUAAGUUUCCCAAUAGUCAACUAAUGACGAGAGAGUACACAUAAGAUGAUUAGGAGUCCCAAUACUAAUGAAGCAGAUGUACAGGGACCAGAAGGAAAUUCAAGUACUCAUAAUGAAGCUGGCAAGACCUCAAGAGUAGCUUUGUCAUCAUCUAUUUCUCGUUCAAGUACUUCAACAACAGUAGCACCAUGGAUGAGGUUAAGUAAAGAUCCAAGGAUUGUACGUGUGUCGCGUGCUUUUGGAGGAAAGGACAGGCAUAGCAAAGUUUGCACUGUGAGAGGGUUGCGAGACCGGCGCGUGAGGCUUUCGGUACCUACUGCUAUUCAGUUAUAUGAUCUUCAAGAUAGGCUUGGCCUUAACCAGCCUAGCAAAGUUGUCGAUUGGUUGCUUGACGCGGCCAAGGAUGAUAUCGACCAACUUCCACCUCUUCCGAUGAUGCCUCCUGCCCCCGGGAGCUAUGGCGGUGGUGGCCUAAUGAAUCAUCAGUCACUCCUGAAUAUCAUUCCAUCAUCUCUUGAUCAAAACAUUGGAGAUCAAGGGUUUAGAAGCAAUAUUUGGAGAUCAACAAAUGAUGAUGAAAAAGAUCGAGAAAAUGAUAAAGAUGUGGAAGAAUCAGAUGAAGAUGAUCAUCGACAGCAAGGAGGGAAUGUUGUCGAUCAUGGUUCAUCAUCAUCAAACAACUUCUUGAUGACCCGAAGUAGUGCUACUACCAAUCAUCCAUUGUUCUUUCCGGGUCUUCUGAACAAUAGUAAUGCCAUGCCUAAUUACGGUUUUCACAAUUGGGAUCACAAUCAGUCUUCAAAUUUUCCCCUAUCUCAUCAAUUAGGAAGCCAUGGAUUGACAUCUCAACAUACAGAUCCCCACAAUUUCAAUGUGGCGUCCUUGCCUUCCACAUUGUCUUUAUCUACUGGAACAACGCAAGCUUAUUUUCCUUCGCAUGCUACCACGGAUGCAGCGGAUCAUCAGAUCAAUAUUCCGAGACAGUUCAACCUCCAUAUGCAAAAUCCUCAUCAAAACCUCUUGGCCAAUUCUGUAUACCCAAGUAGCCAGUCUAUGCAGAGAGCAACGCCCCAAAAUUUGAUGAGUAUGAUUACAAAGCUUGCCCAUUCUUCUCAGCCAAAUAAAGACCAGGAGCCUCCUUCUAGAUGAUAUAGGCAAGCUACCUAGCUUAUAGGCGAUGCUAGUCCAGGAGUACUCAUGACAAGUGACAUUUCCGUCAACUAUGAGAAAUAAAGUAUGCAUCCAUGUCUCUUGUACCUUUAAAUGGAGAUGGAAAGCUAGUGCCUUGGCAUAGGUACAGAUCCAUCUCUAGAGGAAACCUUCAUCUCGGGUUGGGACAGUCUUUAAAUCGUUCAUUUUAAGAUUUGAUUGCGUAUAUGUUUGGUUUCCUUCUUAGUUUUUCUUUGCAUAAAGGCAUAUGUUUAUGUGCUAUUCAGAAAGAUCUUCAGUUAGAUAUAAAAAGGACAGUUCUUGACCAUAAACUCAAAA